AAAGCCUGAACUGGUGAGGCUGACCCUUUACAAGCUAAGAAAGGCCAAGCUCGUGAGCCUGAACCUUAACAAGCUCUUGGAAUUCAUACAGACUAGAGCAGGAUUUUUUUUUUCUACUGGAAACUAACACAUUCACUUUUAAAAAUACCUUAUUUGGUGCACAAGUCUGGCUAUUUCACAGAGAUUUCAGCUUUCCAAGUGAGCUGGAGCUCAUCUCUUCCCUUGGAAAAGCUCCUAUUUGAUGGUGGUCAGCAGAAGUCUCAACAUAGACGUGGGCAAGAAAGGUUCUCGCUGAGACUCACCCAAAGAAAACCUCCAAGGAACAGAGAGUUCAUUUCAGGAUGAAGUUGCAAGUACGAAGUACUUUCAACCCAAGCAAAAGCCGUCCAUUGACCCACAGAGGCAGGAGGACUCCUCUUCCAACUGCUGCAGCCCCUGAAGUGAGAAUCUGGCUCCUGAAGGGACCACUGCCUCUCCUGCUGCUGUGCUCGAGUCUGCAGAGCCCCACGGUGAGUUCCCAGGUUGCAGUUAAAAUCGACUUUGACUUGGCACCAGUUUCCUUUGAUGAUCAGUACCAAGGCUGCAGCCAACAGGUCUUGGAGAAGCUGAUUCUGGAGGAUUAUUUCACAAAAGAACUAGCAGCCCACGAGUACCACAAGGUCUGGCAACGUGCCCUCUUAGCCUGGUUGAACCAAGCAAAAGCACCCCCCAAGGACAUGGCCAUUGCACAUGCUGUGGCCAUCUUGGUUUACUCAUCAAACAACAGUGUCCGCUCAGAUUUCGUCAGAGCCAUGGCCAGUGCUGCCAGGUCUCCCCAGCAAUAUAAAAAUUCUUUCCAUUUCAAAUAUCUGCACUACUACCUGACCACGGCAAUCCAGCUGCUGAGGAAAGAGAUGGCCAGGAGGAAUGACUCUUUGUGUUAUGAGGUGCACCAUAAGGUAGAGGGUGUUUACUUGAGUGCCAGCACAGGUGCCACCAUACGCUUUGGCCAAUUCCUCUCCACUUCCCUCCUAAGAGAAGAGGCACAGAAGUUUGGGAAGCAAACUCUAUUUACCAUAUUAACCUGCCUGGGUGCACCAGUACAAGACAUCUCUCUCAAGAAAGAGGUCCUGGUCCCUCCCUAUGAGUUGUUUGAAGUUGUAAAUACGAGCUAUCACCCAAGAGGAAAUUGGUUGCAAUUGCGGUCAACUGGGAACCUGAGCACGUAUAAUUGUCAGCUGCUGAAAGCUUCCAGCAAAAAGUGCAUCCCUACUCCUGCAGUUAUUGCUUCACUCUCCUUUUUGACCAGUGUCAUCAUCUCUUCCAAAAGUGGAACAUAAAGGAAGCUUAUGAUUUUGCCUUCCCUGGACCCUUUUGCUUCACUCCAAUCAGUCUACCACCCUGAGCACCCAGAGGGAAUUUUUGUGCCUAGAUAUCAAUUGAUGCAGAGUUGGCUUAGCCCACUGCCUAUGUGUAGGUCCCUAAUAGUAUAUUUCUUCUCCAUGGAUACAGAGAUUCACCCUGUAAUUGAAAAUGACCAAUUGGAGCCUGUGAGAUACAGUGAGGGUCCUUUACUGGAACUGGGGCUGUAGGUAAGGAAGUGGUCAUUUUGGGGGCUGGAGAUUAGUGAAAGCAGAAUAUAAGCCUAGAAUCAUUAGCCACUGUCUUGCCACCAAGAAGAGAGACUGUACCUCCCUGAGAAUGGAAAUAACACAAUGAAAGAAGAGCUGAGAAAUUAAAAGAAAGUGAAUCCUGAUGAGAGUGUAUAAACCCCUAGAGCCAACUCUGCCUGAAACUGGAUAACCCCAAGCUUUUUCCUUACAUAAAUCAAGAAAUUAUAUUUUUGCUUAAAUAAUUUGUAUUAAAUGGUCUGUCUCAAGCAAUUGAAGGAGUUGUGAGGAAUAUGAGGACUCUCCCUUGCUAAAUAAAAAUUUAGUGGCCCUAAAUAUUAGGGACAAAUCAGAGACAUUGAGUUAGAAAGCAAAGGACAAAUUCUUCAUCAAAUACUAAAGCUUCGAGCCCCAGAGACAUAGUUAAGGUGUGAACUUUCUUUAGAGAUUUUUCUCAGCAUUCAAGACCAAGUCAGUUUAUUCUCAGAUGGGAGGAAACAUGGAAACCUGAGAAAUAAAAGGGAAAGUUAAUGAAA